AUGGACAAAGGAUGGUGUCUUACACUUGAAAAUUCUGAUCCUGUUGGGUUUUUCUCGAGCAAGCCAGAUUUCGGAUUCGAUUUGAGCUCAAGGUUAUAUGGUAAAGAGGGCAGCGGUACUAUGUUUCUGAACGGUAGAGAAGAACCGUCUGCUUCAUCUCCGGCAGAUGAGAAACGGGUGGUUUUAGGAGAAGUAGACUUCUUUUCCGACAAGUAUAGGCCUAUCAAGGAUAUGUCUGUCAAGAAGGAAGAUUCACACACCGCAAGGGAAUCGGAUGUUAACACUGGUUUGCAACUUGUUAUUGCUAACACUGGAAGUGAUCAAUCAACGGUUGACGAUGGGAUUUCAUUGGAUGUUGAAGAUAAGAGAGCAAAAAAUGAGCUAGCAAAAUUGAAAGUUGAGCUUGAAAGAAUGAAUGCUGAAAAUCAAAGGUUAAGAGGGAUGCUAAGCCAGGUGAGCAGCAAUUAUACUGCGUUGCAGAUGCAUCUUGUGGGAUUAAUGCAACAGCAGCAAAAUUCAACAGCGCAUGAUAGCACACAAGAACUUGAGAAUUUAGACAGAAAAUCUCUAGAGGAGAAACAAGAAAAUGGAAAGGCAACAGUUCCAAGACAAUUCUUGGAUUUAGGCCCUGCCAGUGAAAUUGAUGAGCCAACUAAUUCUUCAUCAGAAGAAAGAACGACAUCUGGAUCACAUCACAAAAAGAUUGGCCGUGCUGAGAGCCCAGAAUCUGAUAGUUGGGGUCCUAACAAGAUUCCCAAGUUGAAUCCCUCAAAACCAGUGGAUCAAUCCACGGAGGCUACCAUGAAGAAAGCUCGUGUUUCAGUUCGAGCCCGGUCAGAAGCUCCCAUGAUUUCUGAUGGAUGCCAAUGGAGAAAAUAUGGUCAAAAGAUGGCAAAAGGAAACCCAUGUCCACGAGCUUAUUAUCGUUGCACCAUGGCAGUCGGUUGUCCAGUGCGCAAACAAGUUCAAAGGUGUGCUGAGGACAGAACAAUCUUGACCACAACCUAUGAAGGAACACAUAAUCAUCCACUGCCUCCGGCCGCCACGGCCAUGGCGUCAACCACCUCAGCCGCUGCCAGUAUGCUUCUUUCAGGAUCUAUGUCUAGUGCAGAUGGUCUGAUGAAUCCCAAUUUUCUUGCAAGAACAACCCUUCCUUAUUCAUCAAAUAUUGCCACAAUUUCUGCCUCAGCUCCUUUUCCUACAGUCACUCUAGACCUAACUCACAGUCCAAAUCCAUUACAGUUCCAAAGAGUACCACCUACUCAAUACCAAUUCCCAUUCCCAGUCCCUCCUCAAAACUUUGUUUCAGUUACAACCCCGCAAAUGCCUCAGGUUUUUGGCCAAGCCCUGGUCAACCAAUCCAAAUUUUCAGGGCAUCAGAGUUCUCAGAAUAAUAUUGAACCAAUUCCGCCACCGCAGCACCACCAGUCCUUCGCCAACACUCUGAGCGCUGCCACUGCAGCAAUCACGGCUGAUCCCAAUUUCACUGCCGCCCUUGCCGCUGCCAUCACCUCCAUCAUGGGUGGUUCGCGACCGGACAGUGGUAACACUACCAACAACAACAACAACAACGUAAAUACAAGCACUAUCAACAAGUCCAGCAGUUUUCUAGGGAAUUAA